UUAAAAAUGUAUUAAAGUUAUUCUAUAUACAUGCUAGAGGUUACUUGCAAGUAUAGUGAAAGUUGUUCGUCGUGUCUUUGACCUAAUUCAGUUCCUCCUGUCUUUUAGACAUAAUACGUAUUUAAUACAUUCCACAAUAGGAUAAACUUAUUAUAUAAUGAUUAUUGUUGAUAACAGCAUAUUUUAAUCAGUAUACAACAAGAGCAGAAAUUUAAAUUGCUGUAAUGACGAGCAUAGAAACACGUGACGUAAUCCGAGUUGGAUCUCGAAAAAGCGAGAAAAAAAAAAUUAUUUGGUAUUUAAUUCAAACGAAAUAUGUAAUAGAAUGUUUAAAGGAGUAUCACCCCAAAAAAGAAUUUCAAAUAGUUAAAAUGUCUACCAAAGGGGAUAAAAUCUUAGAUAAAUCUUUACCUAAAAUUGGAGAAAAAUCUCUGUUUACAGAAGAGUUAGAACUUGCCCUUGAAAAUGGUCAUGUUGAUUUUGUAGUGCAUUCACUGAAAGAUUUACCAACAUCACUACCAGAAGGAAUGGCUUUGGGUGCAAUAUUAAAACGUGAAGAUCCACGUGAUGCAGUUGUUAUGUCUAAAAAGCACAAAGACAAGACUUUAUCUACCUUACCAGAAGGUAGUGUCAUUGGUACUAGUUCAUUACGCAGAUCAGCUCAAUUGGCUAGAAAUAUGCCACAUUUAAAAGUUGAAAAUAUUCGUGGUAAUUUGAAUACUAGAUUAAGGAAACUAGAUGAUGAAGAUGGGCCCUUUGCAGCAAUUAUUUUAGCUGCUGCAGGUCUAAAAAGAAUGAAUUGGGAAAAUAGGAUAAGUCAGUUGUUAGAACCAGAAGAAGCAUUGUAUGCUGUUGGACAAGGUGCAUUAGGAGUUGAAUGUCGGGAAACGGAUUGGAGAAUAUUAUCUCUUUUAGAACCAUUACACGAUGUAGAUACAACUCUAAGAUGCGUAUGCGAACGUUCCUUUCUAAAAACAUUAGGUGGUGGAUGUUCAGCACCAGUUGCUGUUUCUUCAACUUUGAAAGAUAAGGCCCUUACUAUUACUGGUGCAGUAUGGUCUUUAGAUGGACAGAAAUUUCUUAAAGAUACAUUUAAAAGUAGAAUUUAUAUACCUGAUGAUGAUGGGGAACCUCCAAAAAAGUGUCCAUAUCGAGAACCACAACUUUACUGCAGUGUUACACCAGGCAAAGUAAGCAAUUUAAGCCUUUUAGUUGCACAAAAGCUUGGUAAGGAUCUUGCAAAAAGUCUUAUAGAGAAAAGCGCUCUUGAUAUUAUGACGGAAGCAAGAAAUGAAAUUUUAAACACAAAAUAGCGCUAA